CUCAGAGUGAAUUGCUUAUGUAACUGUUAAGAGCUCCAGAAUGUCGGUCGUUUUUGUGAUUUCAAUUUUAGUUGUAAACGUCAUGCUUAUGCACGGUCUAGAGCUUUACAGUCUACGAGACGCAAAUGAUAAAGGCGAGAAAACUCUGUGUGACCAGCUUCACUGUGUGGAAGACGCAACGAGUGAAAGUGAAAUAUCAUCUCUCGUCAACAUGUCAGUCUAUAGGAUAGAUGGAGACGUGAAGUUACUAUUGGCCAGUAUUUUAGCCUCAGAUUCAAGGGUUCGAGAUUACAAUGUGGAUGGGGUAGAAGUUGAUGGUAAAAUAUCAACCAAGACAGUGGAGAUGACAGUGUCGGUAACACAAGAGACUGGAUGUCAGGAUGGUGUCUGGGCUUGUGAUGUUCAUUACAUCGAUCGCACAGGUCACAUAGGGAAGAGAGAAAAUAAAACAAGUUCGGGGUUAAGAAGGCCUAAAAAUGUGUUUUCGGACUUAAACAGAAAAACGCAAGGACAGUCUGAAAUUUUGCUGUCUUUUAAAGAUUUUAAUCAAAUUAAAGAUAUCGAUAUAAAUAUGAAGUUAAAAUUUUCCAAUUUUAACAAUAACAAUAAUUAUCAAUUUGAUAAAAGUUCAUUUAAUCAAGAAAAACAAAACGCUGAACGUUUAACUGUAAACAAUAAAGAAGCAAUAGGAAAACAUGGUGAAAAAAACAAAUCAACGAAACAACUGACAAAACAAAAGAAGCAGAUAAUCUAUGAAGAUAUUACUACUAAAUUUAAUCAAAGUGAACGUUUAGAAAACAAUGUUAACGAUCUACUGAGAACUGUUAGUUUGCAGGAAGAAAAGAUAAAUAACUUUUCACUUUUAUUAUCGGCAUUGAACGAGUCAAACAAAAAUCAACAGGAGCGCAUGGAGAAAAUGGAACAAGAAUUCACUGAAGAACUGAAUCAACUCAAAGAUGGGAUUAACUUAUUUGUAAACGCAAAUAACACAAAUGAUAUUGCAAAUCAAAACAUAGCCCUGCAUAAGUUGCCACAGAUUUUAUCUACAUUAAAAGUAUCCAGUGCAAAUGUAAACAAGAGUCUGGAUAAUUUAGCUCUAAUUGUUAACAUAAUAGGUAAAUAUAAAGACAGAUCAGAACUAAUACAAAAUAUUUUGACAAAUACGAACAAUGACUAUAGUGAAGAUGAAAUACUCAAGAAGGUGAUAAAUCUGGCAUGUUCAAAAAACACAAAACAGUGCUCUAACCCCCAUGAGAUCCCUACUACAGACAAUAAAAAACUGCUUUGCGACUCGGUUACGGAUGGCGGUGGUUGGAUCGUAAUACAGAGACGUAUUGGACACAGAGAAUAUAAUUAUCAGAGAAUGGUUAAUCAACAUACGUGGGGCAUCUACAAGUCUGGAUUUGGUCAUAAUUCAGGUGAUCUUUGGCUUGGAAAUGAUUGGAUCGCAAGACUUACUUCAAUGGGUUAUACGGACUUAAGGAUUGAGUUGAAAUAUAAGAAAAAGCACUACUACGCUACAUACAGCAACUUCACUGUUGGCAAUGAAUCAAUGAAAUACAAGAUGAGCUACUCGUCAUACAACGGGAACGUUUCGGACGGUCUGAAGGAUCACAAUGGGAUGAACUUCUCAACAUACGACCAGGACAAUGACCAAUGGCCCCACGGCAGCUGUGCUAAAAGUCACACAGGUGGUUGGUGGUUUAACAAAUGUCUGACGUCCAACCUAAACGGUAUCUGGGGCAGUUUGGAAUUCGGCAAGGGAGUGAACUGGGAAAACCUGACAGGAUGGCGGGACUCACUGGAGUUCACGGAGAUGAAGCUUCGUUUGCCUGGAUAAUAAUUCGUAGAUAACUUUAUACUAUGUUUUGUCAGUAAACUAUGUAAUACUUAGUUAUUAAAUUGUGUAAUAAAAUUGUAAAAAUAUUUAUCAAGAGUAUUACGAAGAACUUCGAUAUCAUUAGAGAUAAAUAUUUUUUUUUAAUAGCUUUAGGAAGUCUUCGUUUAUAAGAUAAGGCUCUUAAUUUUAAAUUAAAUCUUUAGUAAAUUGUAUUGCAAAAUAUAAAAGCAGCAACAGAAAGCUUAUUAAAGCGUAUACAAUGUAAAAUUUAUUUUAUACUGAUCAAACAAAGUUUGUUAUUGCUUGGAUCUCGUGUUCCAUAUUAGUAGGAUACUCAGCUUUUAAAACAGAUAUAGUCCAGUUGCUUUUUUAUGUAAAUGUUAAACUAUUAUAAUUGAUUAUUUAUUUAAUCGAAAAUAUACUCAAUAAAUUAAAAUGAUUUUUGUUAAAUAGUAUUUUAAAUGGUUCAUAUUGUAUGCUGAUCUAUUCAGGGUACUGUUUUCGAAAUAAUUUGGGAAAAUUACAACUUUAGAAAAUUCAACUUGAAAGUUAGAGUCGUAGUCGUCAGAUGGAAAUGGCAGUUUUAAUUUUUUAUUCAAUGAUUUGUAAAACACAGAGUUUGUCGUUUUAAAUCAUUUGUAAGAUCAUCUUUAACAGGUUUGGCUUUUAUCUUAACGAUAACAUUAACAAAGUAUAUAGUAUAAUAUUAAAGGUAAGGAAUUAAGUAAGGGGGCUAACUGCGGUAAUACACAGGAGUUACACCGUGCUGAAACACUGCGCUGAGUUGAUUGUCUCUCUUGCCUUUAAAAAGUUUAUUGUAUUUUUUCAAACAAUUUAAGUUAUUGCAAUUAAAUAGCAGAAUUAAUACGAUUUAGAAGAAUAAAAAAGAAAUAAAAAGGAUAAAAAGAAACCAUGUUUUUUGUUUCAAUAGCUUUUAUAACAGAAUUGAAACAUUGAGUAUUAUAAAUGAUUAGAACUUAAUUUUAACACCUAGAAAAAUGUUUGUUUCAUUUCUAUUCAGCAACUUUCCAGUGUAGAAAAAAAAUGUAAUGGGGUAGCAACUCUGAUGGGUACCUAACUCACGUUAAGGAAACUAAAGGCGCCUGCGCAUAGUGAUGACCAAACUAUCUCUUCAGUGGUCACAUAACAAGUGAACUCUACUUCACUAGCCCCAUAGACCGUCAUAGACCGUCAGGUUUAAAAGGGAAACUAUACUUUUUUAAAAUAGGGGGUAUGCUACAGAUACAAAAAUAAACAUUUUUCAAUACUAGAGAGCAAACAGUUUUUUUCUCUACAGCUUUUUUAAAGUACAUCCGCACAUGCGCUUCCAUUUUUUAAACAUUGUGGAAAAAAUAUGGGUAACUAUGACAACGGUGGUCAUCUUGAAAACAAACCUAUUAGUAGGAUCUCCACCAUUCAAACUAAAGUAUUAUACUUUAAGCCCAUUAAACAAUGAUUCAUAGUAUUUUACCAUAUGUUGGGGUAGGCUUACUCAUCUAGUAAUGUUAAUUGCAGGUCUUGAAAAUAAUUUAUUAUGAAUUUUUAAAGUGGGGUCCGUUAAAAAUAUUAAAUUUAAAGCCCCAUAAUUACCUUACCACAAUUUUUUUACCGGCACUUUCCCCAUUAAAAGAAUGUAUUUUAAGGCGGAAUAAAAGUUUAUAGUAAAUAUACCAAUUUGUUUAUUUAUAUUUUAUAAUGUAUACCCGCUUGACGUUUCAGUGUUUAAUUAGUAAAUGUUAAUACCAAUAAAGAGCAGUUUUUCUCAGUAUGGAGACUUUUGUCUACCACUUAAUAAAAUACAAAUAAAAAUCACGAACAUAGAGAUUUGACAUAGAUCUAUUACAGGUUUAUUGUAAAUGAUUCCAUCUACAUGUUUAAUACAUUUAUUUAUCUAUAUUUGUUUGUAAACAAAUUUGGAUUCUACGGCCUUCAAUCAAUUUAAGAAUGUUUGGAUGUCAAGUGUGUUCGUGUGUGGUACUAGAUUUAGGUAUUUUAUUUGAUUUAGCACCUCAUCACAUUGAUUUGAAUUAAGCGAGUAGGCUCCGGAAAAAACGGGACAUUUUUUUUUAAUUAAUAACAGAAAAAUUGCUAAAAAUAUUUUUUUCCUUCAAAUUUUCAAUAAUGUUUAUGGUUAAAAACCACUAAAUUUAGCAUUAAUUCCAAUGAAAUUUCGCCAUACCAAAUUUGAAAAUUCAAAAAAAAAAUAUUACAAGAGUGUUUUCUGUUACAAAAACUAGCCAGCUGACUCUAUUAGUGUUGGUACAAGAAGGAUCAGUGGUUAUACUGCCGAUAUAAUAUGUUACUUUAUGAAAUUUUAGAACUCCAUAAAAGAUUGUUUCUUUUUCAAGAUGGCCGUCUUUGCCAUGGCAACCAUAUUUUCAAAAAAUGUCCCUGAUGCUUGCAAAUAUUUUCCUUAAAGUACCCUAACUUAUAUACACACAAA